AACACGGCCCGGAGCUCUCCUCCUUUCCUAGUGUAUUUUUUUUGCCCCUGCCUUGGUUUGCUUCCCGUUCCCUGUGCCGCCAUUUAAAAAAAAAAUACCGUCGGGUUGACGUUUGGGAAUCGAGGAAAAUUAUGAAAAUUAUUUAAAGCGUCAACGCAGCCGCCCGAGCGACGGGACUAGGGUUUUUUUUGUCAUUUAUUUGAUUUACUCCACGGUACGUACGGAGCUUCACCUGCCAACAAGACGGCGCCCCCAAAAUAAGUAAAUAUGCGGUUAGUGUUGGCGAAGUGAGAGAAGCCCGAGUUCGGAUUGGAGUGGGUUUCCUCUGGAUCUCGGGGGUGGACGGGGAGGAAGAAGAAGAAGAAGAAGAGGAGGAGAAGCUGCUGCAUUUGUUUUGGCUGCAGUUGGGAACUAAGGAGUGUAAACACAGCAAAGUGUGCUGCUUGCUGUGCGAUCUCCUCAAGAGUGGAUCUGCCAAGCUGCGAAUCCCCUCUGAAGGGCGGGAAGCCUCCUUCGGUGGCGGUGCGACGAUGACCGAGCUGGUCGCCAAGUGGGCUUGUGAAUACUGCACAUACGAAAACUGGCCGUCGGCCAUCAAGUGCACCAUGUGCCGUGCUCAGAGGCCCAGCGGGGGUGCCAUCAUUACGGAAGAGCCUUUCAAGAGCAGCCCUGCUCUGGAUGCCAGUCUGCACCAGUGGGACCCUGCUGGCCUCAGCAACAGCCCGACCCAGGGGGGCUCCAGCUUACUUAUCUGUCCAGAUUCCAGUGCCCGACCCCGCAUACGCAUCGCCGAUGUACCGGAGACUAGUAGCAAGUGGUCGUGCCACAUGUGCACCUACUUGAACUGGCCUCGGGCCAUCCGAUGCACCCAGUGCCUUUGCCAGAGACACCAGGCUCAACAGCAGCACGGGCAACAUUCAACCCAUCAAGGACAUCACGCCCGGCAGCCACGCAGCCCCACAGAAUCCCCCCAGACCUCCGGCUCCGGGUGCCGCCCUGCACCGUCGGCCACCACUACAGACCCCUGUGAGGAAUACAAUGACCGUAACCGGCUCAACACACGUGCGAAGCACUGGACCUGCACUGCCUGCACUUACGAGAACUGGGCCACGGCACUCAAGUGUGUGGUGUGUGAUCACCCGAGGCCCAAUAGCAUCCGGACCGAACCCAUCGAGCUGGCAUCAGAGCCAGAGACCCAACAACCAACCUCUAGACGCAUUGAGCAGGACAGGGACAACAGGAGAGCCGUGGUUGGGCAAGGAGUCGGGAGUGUGGUAAGCGGCGUGGUGGGUUGUAGCGGCAGCCAAAGGAGGUCGCCCCCGACCUCAAAGCGGGAGUCCGAGGUAAACAUGGACUUUCAGAGGAUUGAAGUGGCAUCGGGGGCCGGGAUUGGGAGCAAAGAGGAGCUGGAGGUGGACUUCAAAAAACUGAAGCAGAUUAAGAACAGGAUGAGAAGGACCGAUUGGCUGUUCCUCAAUGCCUGUGUCGGUGUGGUGGAAGGUGACCUGGCAGCCGUGGAGGCCUACAAGUCGUCGGGAGGUGACAUUGCACGUCAGCUAACGUCGGACGAGGUGCGUCUAUUAAAUCGCCCCUCAGCAUUUGAUGACGGCUUCACGCUGGUUCACCUAGCCAUCCGCUUCCAGAGACAGGACAUGCUGGCUGUGUUACUCACAGAGGUGUCCCAACAGGCGGCCAAGUGUAUUCCAGCCAUGGUGUGUCCUGAGCUGACGGAGCAGAUCCGUCGUGAGGUGGCAGCCUCACUUCACCAGCGCAAGGGAGACUUCACCUGCUAUUUCCUCACUGACUUGGUUACCUUCACCCUGCCUGCAGACAUUGAGGACUUGCCCCCGGCCGUUCAGGAGAAACUCUUCGAUGAGGUGCUGGACCGAGACGUACAAAAAGAACUCGAAGAGGAGUCGCCCAUCAUCAACUGGUCCCUGGAGCUCGGCACCAGGCUGGACAGCCGGCUGUACGCCCUGUGGAACCGCACGGCCGGCGACUGUCUCCUGGACUCUGUGCUGCAGGCUACGUGGGGCAUCUAUGACAAGGACUCAGUGCUGCGCAAGACCCUCCACGACUGCCUGCACGACUGCUCUCACUGGUUCUACACCCGCUGGAAGGAGUGGGAGUCGUGGUAUUCCCAGAGCUUCGGCCUGCACUUUUCCCUUCAGGAGGAACAGUGGCAGGAGGACUGGGCGUUCAUCCUUUCCCUGGCUAGUCAGCCAGGAUCCAGCUUGGAGCAGACCCACAUUUUUGUUCUCGCACACAUUCUUCGUCGGCCAAUUAUCGUCUAUGGAGUGAAGUAUUACAAAAGUUUCCGUGGCGAAACGCUCGGGUACACCCGUUUUCAAGGUGUGUACUUGCCCCUUUUGUGGGAGCAGAGUUUCUGCUGGAAGAGCCCCAUCGCUCUGGGUUACACGCGGGGCCACUUCUCGGCCCUGGUGGCCAUGGAGAACGACGGCUUCGACAACCGCGGCGCGGGCGCCAACCUCAACACGGACGACGACGUGACCGUCACCUUCCUGCCGCUGGUCGACAGCGAGAGGAAGCUGCUUCACAUUCACUUCCUCUCAGCGCAGGAAAUGGGUAACGAGGAGCAGCAGGAGAAGCUGCUGCGGGAGUGGCUGGACUGCUGCGUGACGGAGGGCGGGGUCCUGGUGGCCCUUCAGAAAAGCUCCCGCCGCCGCAACCACCCUCUGGUCACCCAGAUGGUGGAGAAGUGGCUGGACGGCUACCGGCAGAUCCGCCCCUGUGCCUCUCUGUCCGACGGCGAAGAGGAGGAAGACGACGAGGACGAGUGACAAAACUGGAGUGCGGCGGGAGGGAGGUCUCUCUCUCUCUCUCUCUCUCUCUCUCUCUCUCUCUCCCUCUCUCGCUCUUUGCUUACACGGACAAACUGUGAGCGCCUUCAGGAGAGGACGGGGAACCACGAGCCCGCCCCCCAGCACCGGUAACGGGACACGCUGCUGCUCCUCCAGCACACGCAGGCACUCGGACACACACGAAAACACACACGAAAACACUAAAGUAAAGACUGAACAAGCCAACUGCGGCCAAACGCAGGUUUGGGGGAGAGGAUGGAGGUUUACCAAUGCAAAUUACCUUUUUGAUUCGUUUUGAUUUUCAAAUGUAAAAUUUGGGAAAUGGGGAAAAAAAGGACUCUUUAUCCAUAGAUGUAAAUGCAUGUGGUUGUUUAAGGAAAAAAAAGUGUAUACGGAAAUAUACCAGCAUUAAUUCAAAUCAACACUUUAUAUCUGUUCAGUGUGGCACUGACAAAAGCACACUUCCAAAUUGUUUUUUAAGAGUUGGCUUGUUUAUCAUCUGUUUUCUGUUUUUUUUGAAGGGGCCUGGACGAAGCCAAUAGUUAUCAUUAUCCUCAGAAACCCAGAGAUUGUGUAAUACUAAAUGACUUAAAUUCUUACUACUAAGCAUUGCACAUUUAUGAAAACAUUUCUAUAUGAAUACAGUAUCAUUGCUUGAAUUACGGUCGUAUAUGAAGCUCUCGAAAGGGGAGAUCUUCCCUUCACGGCAAAUCUACACUCAGUAAGUUCUAGUACACAAACAUUCAUGUUGGAUGUUUUGGUUUACCUUUUUUCAGACCGAUUGAACUGAAAGGUUGUGUGAGCGUGUGUGUGUGUGUGUGUUUUAUUUUUCUUCUCUGAACUUACUCGACAUAUUUAUUAUUUGGAAACUUAUAUGAGCUUAUAAGAGCUUUUUUUCUGUGCGUCUUAUUUUUCCUCCUCGUGUGGUUUUGUUGAUUAUUCUCUCAAACUUGAUUGAGCAACGUUGUUGCUGUGAAGAAAACCAAUCAUGACCAUCAAUGAAAAGUUUACUCGCGUUGUUGUGUGUGAUUUAGUACCUCAUCUGGAUGCCUAAAAUUUGGUGCUACUUUUUAGGCAGGAAAGUUUGAGACAUGACCCCCCUCCCCCCCGCGUCACACUUGUCUCAUCUUUGUCCCUUUGUCCAUUGGUUGUAAAGGUCGCCCCCCUCGUGGUACACGUCCGUUCACCUCCUGUGUAGCUCCCGUCUUUCUGUUCUUCAUCAUGUAACUGCAACAUAUAAAACCAAAGCUGACAGGAAAAAAAAAAAGAAGAAAAAAACACGUUACUUUUUUUGCUGUGAAUGUUUUCGCUUUUUGGUUUGUUUUUCUUGCCAUUGCGUGCUGUAAAUUCUUCUCAUUCAAGUCAUACGCAUUUUGAGUAUCACUUGUAUGUUGCUUUGUAUUUAUGCAAUAGUUGCAGCUGUGACUAUGAUGGUUUGUGGAUUUAGGCCUGACUUUACUAUACGCAAUGAGUGUGUAACGCAAUGAACAGGAAAAAUAAGGAAGAAAAAAGAAAUAAAGGAAACCCUUUUUUGAAUGUCCAACCGAG